CUCAAAAAUACAGUAUUAAGGCCUAUAUACAUAGCAAAUGGCCAUUGAUGCUCCGCGUUAAAGGCACAGUCAUCCUGAGCAUUUGGUGGCAAGUGCUCUUGGUCGGGAUCUUCUCAGCUAUCGUAUUCGUCAUCCAUGAAUUCACUGACUGGAAGAUGAACUACUCUUUGUCUCUCGUCUCCGUCAUGGGCAUGGUCGUUUCUUUGCUCUUAGUCUUCCGAACCAACACUGCCUAUGAUCGUUACUGGGAAGGUCGUCGCUUAUGGUCUCAAAUGACGCUUUGCAUCCGCAACUUGACUCGCAGCAUUUGGGUUAAUGUUGCCGAAAAUGAGACGCGCGAUGUGCUCGAGAAAAAAUCAGCCAUUAAUCUGUUGGUGGCCUUUGCAUUUGCGACCAAGCACUACUUGCGUGAGGAAUAUGGCUACAAUUAUGAUGAUAUGAUUGAUCUUUUGACCCACAUCCCAAAGUAUUCGCUCCCAACCUCGACUCAGGCUAUGGACUGGCGUGAUGAUAUCCCCACUGCUUUGAGUUCACUUCAACAACAACGGCCGAAUGCAGAAAAACUUGUGAAUCGCAAAGCCACCUUCAACGAGGCUCAGGUGCACAAACGCUCUCGCCGUCACCAGGCCAAGAUGCAGGCCCUUGCAUUCGAUUUCUUGACACCCACCAACAUCCCUGUUGAACUGUCGUUUUAUAUUGGAAGCUACAUCAAGAGCUGCACCAAAAAGGAGUUGGUGGAUUCUGCUACGUUGUCAGUGAUGAACAAUGCACUGGUCUCGAUGAUGGAUUGCCUGACCAGCUUUGAGCGUAUCUUGCGUACUCCCAUCCCUUUGGCUUAUUCUAUCCACUUGCACCACGCCACUUGGAUCUAUCUCCUCGCUUUACCCUUCCAGCUCGUUGGAAGCUUGGGUGCUCUCAUGAUCCCCACAGUUAUCCUUGCUUCAUUCACGCUUUUGGGGAUUUUGGGUAUUGGUUUUGAGAUCGAGAACCCCUUCAACGACGAUUAUAACGAUUUGCCUUUGGAUGACUUUUGCAAGGUCAUCCAAGCCGAGGUGGAUGCCAUGAUCGCUCACCGUGCUCCCGUCCCUUCAGACUGGAUCUUUUCGGAUCACAACUACCCUCUGUCCAACUCACGCUUGUCUGCAAAGGAACUACUGGAGUUACCUCUGACUGAAAUCCAUAAACUCAUGGAGUCUGAAGCGGCUCCUGUCCCCAAGGUGAACUAUUCACGUCCAGUGGCUGGUAAUAAUAACGGCCAGGCCCUUGUUCCUGAGGAAGAACCCGCUUCUCCUCCUCCAUCUGCUGUCGUUGAUAUAACUCCGGCUUCCGGAACUGGCCCCGCAACAAAGGCUCAAUAACUUUUUUUUUUUAAAAAAAA